GUAAUGAAUUCGUAUUAUCCACAAAAACACCAGCAGCCAAAAUAAGAAGCGUUUUAUCCUCUUCUCUUUCUCUUCUCUUUUCCGGGAAACCAAACAGGAGGAAAGAGGAGACCCUCCAUUUUCUUCACCUCAGUUCACUACCUAUGUGGAUGGAGAUGCCUGUCUCUGCUUCUCCUUCCACCUGAAACAACAAUACCUUCCACGUCAAUCGUUUUCUAUCACUCAUCUUCCCAUGUAUCUCUCUCUCUUCUCUCCUAUUUCUUCUCCUUCUUCUCUCGCCACCGCCGUUUCUUCUCCUACUUUCUCUCUAUAUCCUCAUUCUUCUCUUAAUAAGAUUGCAUUUCCCGCUGUCUUUUCUCACUGUUAUGGCCCUACACACUGCUUCAGACUCGAUUUUAUGGCCAGAAAGAGACAUGGGCAAUUCUGGGUUUCUGCUUCUCCGACCUCGAGAGCUAAUGGAGAUUUCGAGGGUUUCCGAGGAGGAGAUAGGGAGGAGGAAGAUGGAGGGGAAACUGAAGACGAAGAUGAUGAGGUAGAGGGGGAAAUUAUGGCUUCCGUCUUGCCUGAGAGAUGGGAUGUUUUAGGUCUCGGUCAAGCCAUGAGAAUUGAAAAUUAUGAAUCCUCUGCCAAUAUUGUAUAGAAAUUCGUAGAUGAG